GUCUCAGCAGGUUUACAGGAAAUACGACUAUCAGGAAGUGAAAAGUUUGUAAGAUUUGUUUGUAUCGUCAAAAUAUACUAUUGAUAAUAGUAGUGUUCAAAGCGGUUCAAAGUUUAAGUCUAGUCUAAGUUAAAGACCGGAUACGCACGUGUUCAAAGACAAUCAGGUGUGAAAGCGUGUGAACGCUGCCUACGAAGUCUAAGGAACAGCUGAGGAGGCCAUGAAUCGAGUCCCCCUGCAGCAGCCACAGAGCUGCGGGUCCUGGGAGCUGAAGGAGCGCCUGGGGACCGGAGGCUUCGGGAAUGUCACAAGAUGGCAAAAUAAGGACACAGAGGAGCAGGUCGCUAUAAAGCAGUGCCGUCAGGAGCUGAGUGACAGAAACAAAGAGAGAUGGUGUCUGGAGAUCCAGAUCAUGAAGAGGUUGGAUCAUGUUAACGUCGUUGCAGCCAGAGAGGUUCCUGAAGGAAUGCAGAAAAUGGUGGCCACCAAUGACCUGCCACUGCUGGCCAUGGAGUAUUGCCAGGGAGGAGAUCUAAGAAAGUAUCUGAACCUUCUGGAGAACUGCUGUGGAAUGAGGGAGGGCUCUGUUUUGAUUCUGUUACGGGACAUUUCCUCGGCUCUGACCUACCUCCAUAAGAAGAGGAUCAUCCACAGAGAUCUGAAGCCAGAAAACAUUGUGCUGCAGCAGGGAGAGAAGAGAUUGAUCCACAAGAUUAUAGAUCUCGGCUACGCUAAAGAGUUGGACCAGAGCAGCCUUUGCACAUCAUUUGUGGGAACACUGCAGUACUUAGCUCCAGAGCUGAUUGAGAGGCAGAAGUACACGGUCACUGUGGACUACUGGAGCUUCGGGACUUUGGUGUUUGAGUGUAUCACAGGAUUUCGCCCUUUCUUACCGACCUGGCAGCCAGUUCCCUGGCACAAUAAACUGAGGCUGAAGCAGGACGAUGACAUUGUCGUCUAUGAGGACCUCUCUGGGGAAGUCCGCUUCUCCAAGCACGUGCCCCAGCCCAACAACCUCAACAGUCUGUUAUUAGAGAAAAUGGAGAGGUGGCUGCAGCUGAUGUUGAAGUGGUCUCCUCAGGAGAGAGGCAAAGACCACGAUGCUACUCCCAGCAACUGCUUCUCCCAGCUGGAGAUCAUACUACAGCUCAAGCUGGUUCACGUCCUAAACAUGAUGUCUGCUAAGAUCCUGACGUACUCAGUCUCGGACGAUGAGACCGUGGCCGACCUGCAGCUGAGAAUAGAAAAAGACACCGACAUCCCUGCAGCCAAUCAGGAGCUGCUGCUGGAGGCGGGAUUAGCCUUGGAGCCUAACGGACUGGCCACGCAGUGUGCCAUAGAUUACACAGAAAUAGAUGGUCGACGGACAGACUUGCCUCUGGUCUUCCUGUUUGAUCGCUCCUCUUGCAGUUAUGAGCCCCAGUUUGCUCCUCGCACGCUCCCUGAAAACAUCCGCUUCGUGCAGACUGACCCCAAGCACCUUCUGGCUUACAGCCCUCUGAGGAGGACCUGCGGCCAGGCGUGGCACACCAUCCGCUCCCUGAAGGAAGACUGGCAAAGGCUGCAGCAGGGGCAGAAAGCUGCCAUCAUGAGCCUGCUGAGACACAACUCCUCGCUGUCCAAACAGAAGAAUGAGAUGGUGUCCAUGCACCAGAGACUCACGGCCAAGCUGGACUUCUUCACCACCAGCCUUCACAUAGACAUGGACAAAUACCAGGAACAGACAGCCACCGGGAUUGCGUCAGAGAAACUCCUCUGCGUGUGGAGGGAGAUGGAGCAAACUGCUGUCAGCUGUGGUCAGGCCAAGGUGAGUGAACUGGAAGAAGAGAUGAUGCAGCUGCAGCCAGACAUAGUGGAUGUGCAGAGGCAGCCGUGGAGGAGUGGAGAGGCCCUGGACACACUGGAAGGAAGGGCCAUGGAGCUGUUCCGUAAACUCAGGGAGAAACCCAGAGACCAGAGGUGCUCAGGGGACAGUCAGGAGGUGGUGCGUCUGGUACUUCAGGCUGUGCAGUUCUAUGAGAAGAAGCUCAGAGACUUCUACACACACCUCAGUAAGACGGCGGUGUGCCGUCAGCGCGUGAUGGAGCUGCUGCCGAAGGUGGAGGGCGUGGUCCAGAAGAUGGCAGAGAGCGAACAAGUCCUGAUGAGUCUGCAGGAGAAACGACAGAGGGAGCUGUGGAACCUGCUCAAAGUCGCCUGUAGUAAAGUUCGCAGCCCGGUGAGUGGGAGCCCUGAUGGAUUACGCACCCCCUCGUCAGUGCCACCUCUUCUGACCCCCAAACAAAGCCUACAGCAGCUUGAUGAGUCUCUCGUGGAGCAGAGCAGGACGUUUGAGAGUCGACUCCAGAGUUUGCUGCAUGACACCAUCCAGGAAUCAGAAAACAGUAUGGAGAUGUUGAGGGAGUGGACGUGGCUGCACGGAGGCCAGAGUUUCUCCAGUGACCUCUCCUGAUUCGGGUCUCAUUCUUUGAUUAUGUGUGAUACUGUACUGCCUCCGUGUGGAUGGGAUGUCACACUACAUUGGGAUGUAGUACCGGCUGUUCUGACAAUGUGAAUGCAGUAAUGGCUGCUGGCACAUAUUUGUUCAACCAGAUUAGGGAGUAGGUAAACCUACUCACUGCAAAUAUUUAGAGCACUGAAGCCAAUUCUAAUUCUGAUAAUGAUUUAUAUCAGAGAAAGAGAAUUAUUAUUUAUUUACCUAUCUGAAAGUUUAAAAGAACCAUGAAAUAGGUUCAACCGUUCCACUGAUUUUGUCAUAUGAUCCCCCCAGUCUUACAGUACAGAGAGGCUUGAAGAGCUUCAAACUGGAUCAUCUAUCAUCUAUCUUGAAUCAUCCGAGACUUACAAACUGCAAAUUUCAUCCUCAAAUUUAUGCACAAGAAAGUUCAUGACCGUAAAUAAUGUGUUAAAGAAUUGUAACCAGUUCAGUCUUUGUUUUCAAACCGUACAUUUUAGUUACAUUUGUUUCACCAUGUUUGUUGGACAGUUUAUUCAAAAAUUUGAUUGUAGAUUUAAUACUUUAUACUACGAUAUAAAAAAUAAUGGGUUUUAGUAAUAGUCUAAAAGUAUCUCUGCCUUGAACUGUGUGUUAUGUACCAAAAUGUAAUUGCACAUCAGUUUUUAUUUGUGUUUAUCACUGGACUGUCUUUUUUGUUUUGUUUUGUUUUACUAAGACAAUCAUUGAACAUGGGAAACUAUAAUAACUUUAUGCUGAAUGACUAUGAAUGUGAUCUUUUUUUUUUUACAUUCACUGAUAAUAAUACGAAGGGUGACACAAUAACAAGAACACCUGUACAAUGUGGUGCAGUCCAGGUUCCAUGCAAUAAUGAGCAAUAAAGUGAAGACAACACAAAUAUUACAUUACUCUUUUGGCUUGGUCCAAGAUGGUGAUAAAAGGUUGAAAACAUAAUUGAUUGUGAAGCAUUUCCUUGUUUUGUUAAACAAUGCAAAUGCAAAAAUAGUCACAUUUUCUGUUGUAAAACUGUGAAUACAGUUACCAAAUUAGAGCUAAAUUAGCAGCAUUCACAUUACCUCCUUUAUAUUUGAAUCUGUGCUGCAUCAUUUUUUUCUUUGCUGUGCCCAUCUUAAUCCCAACUAUUGGAGGCAGACUUUGCUGUAUAUAGAUUAUACAAAGUGAUGUUACAUUACCAUGUGUCUCGAUGUCUAUUUGUGUACAUACUCUAUGCUGUUAAGAUUGUAAUAAUGUGAGGAUAACAGAAUGUUACACAUUUCUAUCAUCAUUUCUAAAGCAAAAUUGUAAUUUUGUAUCUUGGAUACAGUGUUUUGUUGUUCUAUAGUAGUUUUCUUUCAUUAAUUUCCUUUU